CUCAUAAUUAUUAUUAUUUAUUAUAAAAAUGUCUGCUCCACUUCCUGUUCUCCCUGAAUUUUCUCUUAAAGGCAAGGUCGCCAUUGUUACUGGUGGUGGAAGAGGCUUGGGCUUAGAAAUGAGUAAGGCUCUCGCUGAAUCGGGUGCCAAUGUUGCUAUUAUGUACGUCUCCAGUGACAAGACCAAGGAUAUUGCUGCUGAUAUUGGCAAGAAAUUCAAUGUUAAGUGUGAAGCUUACAAGGCUCCUAUCACUGAUGCUGAAGAAGUCAAGAAGGUUAUUGAGCAAAUCUACAAGGACUUUGGUGCCAUCGAUGUCUUUGUUGCCAAUGCUGGUAUUAACACUGGUGGUGCUUCUGAAACCUUUGAUUUGAAUGAAUGGCGAAAGGUGAUGGAUGUUAAUGUCAAUGGUGUCUUCUACGGUAUCCAAGCUGCCUCUAAAUACAUGCUCGAAAAGGGUAAGGGCAGUAUCAUCAUUACUUCUUCUAUGUCUGGUGCUGUUGCCAACCGUCCUCAAUUGCAAUGUGUCUAUAACACUUCCAAGGGUGCUACUACCAUGAUGGCCAAGUGCUUAGCUACUGAAUGGGCUCAAAAGGGUAUCCGUGUGAAUGCUCUCUGUCCUGGUUACAUGAGAACUGAAUUAUUAGAUAAAACUUUCAAGGAUGAUCCUGAAUGGGAAAAGAUCUGGACUGAUAUGACUCCUAUGGGCCGUAUUGGCGACGCUAAGGAAUUGAGAGGUGCUAUUGUCUUCUUGGCCAGUGAUGCUAGUUCAUAUGUUACUGGUACUGAAUUGUUUGUUGAUGGUGGCUACACUGCUGUCUAAAAAAAAAAACCUUGUUAAAUAUUUUUUGUGUAUAUUUCAAUAAAUCAUUUCAAACUUUUACGUGUGUAUAAA